CACCACACCUGUGAGUACCUCGUGAUGGCAUGUGCAUGUCUUCCUCCAUGAAUCAAUGACAGCACCAGCACCAGCACGAGCGCCACACGAAAUGGCGGAUGGAUCAGUAGCGAGGGCCUUGGGUCAAAUCCCAGACGACGAAGCGUGGCAUAGAACUAUUAUUCUCCCGCGCGAUAUAUUGGAUAACCCACCAUCUGGCGAGCACGAGGUGGAUUGGGAAACGGAGUCCUCCCACCGCAUUUGGGGUUGCGAGCUUCUCCAGGAGGCAGGCGUGUUACUGAGGUUGCCCCAGGUAGUGAUGUGCACCGCGCAAAACUUGCUCCAGAGAUUUUUCUACCGAAAGCCUUUGACCAAGUUCGACGCUUUUAGCGUAGCGAUGGGGUGCAUGCUGCUGGCGAUGAAGAUCGAAGAGGACCCACGCCAGCCUCGGGCGGUGGUGCUUGUGUUUCACCGCAUGUUUGAACGGCGAAUUGGCGUGGACCCUGCGAUUGUUAUUCCGCCGGAGUCGUUGAGGGUUCUGCGAGACGAAAUGCUCCGUGUUGAGCUCCACGUCCUGAAGGAGCUUGGGUUCGGAUUCUACAACAUCAUGGAUCACCCACACAAGUUCAUCCUGUAUUACUUGAGAGUGCUGGAAUUAGACAUUGAAGGAGAUGUUUCACAACGUGCUUGGAACUACGUUAACGACUCGCUGCGCACUGACCUGUCCCUGCGUUUUCGCUCGGAAGUCAUAGCGUGCGCGGCAAUCUACAUGGCCUCGCGUUCGCUUGGAAUCAAGUUGCCUGACAACCCGCCGUGGUGGGUCCUCUUCAACGCAGACAUCCAAGAGAUGGGGGAGAUCUGCAACACCAUCCUAGCCCUCUACCAUCGACCCAAAGUGGCGUUCUUAGAACCGCUUUGCGAUAACAGCGUUUUCAGGAGAGGAGGUCCGCUGCGAAUAGAUGCAGUUGUGCAGAAUAUCCAGGAGGUUUACGCGCCAGCCGACGGAGUGGAAGAACCUCCGGCCGCUGCUCCAUCCGAAACACAACCUGGAGAUGAACCCAUCACACGUGACUCCGACAGUGUUCCGGCGGUGGCUGCUGAACCAGUAAGUAACAACUCUGUCAGUGUUGCCAACAGCAGUCCUGAAGCGCCUGGUCCUUUUGAUGUCCACGAGCCUGACAGCAAUGACACUGAAGAACCAUCUACCAACAAAAGCCAAGAGAGGGAGAGUGACAGCAGAAGUGAAAGUCGAAGCAACAGGAGUCACAGCGCAAGCCGCAGCGCAUUAGGUAUCGAACGCGAACGUGGACGCGAGGAUGGUGCCGACCGGGAAGCGAAUGGGCGACCGUCUGAAAGAGUGCAGGAUCGAGAGAGAGAUCGAAAACGACCUCGAGAGAAGGAAUCCCGGCGCAGCCGGAGUCGAAGUGGAAGCCGGAGUCGAAGUCGCAGAGACCGCAGAGGGGAUAGCAGAGAGAGGGGCAGGGACAGGCCCAGAGAGCGAGACAGGGAGAGAGCACGGGGGAGGGACUGGGGAAGGGACCGGGACCGCGAGAAAGAACGAAAUGGAGACAGGCGUCACGACCGAGGGGACGCUGGCAGGAGGAGCCGAAGGUAGUGAGCCUGCCGCCAUGGCCCACAAGGUUGACCCAUGUCGAGCGUCUUCGUCUGUAGCAUGGGAAUCGCAUGUGCAUGCAUGGCCGUUCUCUUCGGUGCUUAACCAUGUGCGGGAAGCUUGCUGGGUUUGUCAUCCUAUCGUAGGAACAAUCGAAGAUCUUUGAAUUGGUUAUAUUGUGUACAGUACUUUCUCGUGUGACAAUAAUAUUUCGAUCAAAGUGGAGGAUUGGAGGCAGCCCUGACCAGGGCAAACACAGCUUGCCGAGCGCGAAGUGACUGCCUGUGAUGUAUUGUAGCUCAUGAAGUCUCCAGCCGUUGCCUCUUGUUGUUUACCGCGCGUGAGUGACCAUGCCGGCAAUGGGUUGCGAAGUCUCGCGAGGCUCGUCUGUGGUCGAGAAGUGUAAAAUUCAAUUCAAUUGGGGAAGCGGCGUGGCACACGGCACUCUUUUUCAUAUUUCUGCUGGUUUUCUCGCAAGUCACUUGUUUUAUCCCGAGCGGGGGACAUGCGAUGGUGUGCACAUGGAUAUAACCCACGUGAAAAACGUGCAUACAUGUGUCAGUACAUUGUUGAUGACGUUGUACACCCACGCACUCGUGGACGCACACCACACUGGCUGAUGCGGGUGAGCAAGAGUUUGCCGAUGUCGAACCAGGCGUGCAACAGGGAUCAUAAGGUAGUCUCGUGUACGUGCGACUUGAAAUAUUCUGAUGAACGAUGUCAUCCAUGGUUAUGUUUUGAUCCCUCCGAAUAGUCAGUCUUUGUUUCCAACCGUUUUUGAGAUGGAAUCGCUUCAUUUGUUCUGUUUUUUUCGGGCUACCCUGCUCUCUCAGCGCUUCCCCGUCGAUCUCUCGAACGCCUGACAGGGCAGCCUUUCUUUCCGACACCUUCACUCUCGGUAUUUGAGUGAUCUCGCCUCAUUUUGAUCUAUCGAUGACGGGGACAGCCCGCAUCUUCCCAUCAAUCUUCCUAGACGAUGUACUCGCGCUACCGCACGGACUACUUGACCUCGUUCAUCAUCGGUCUUCCACUGCAUUCUGAACCCUAUUUGCGUCAGUUUUCUGUUGCGGAAAUUCUCAGACCUACAUCCGAUGUUGAACCCACCAAACGUGACCCCACCAAAGAAUGUUCCACUCCCUUUUUUUCGCUUGGUAGGCGAUUUCCGGUUUCUUGUCUUCAAGCAAGUUGUUUUUCUUCGGGCGAUUUUUCUCGAGAUCUCAUCGACAUUGUUGCUGUUGUUGUUUGUUGUUUUCUUCACAUUAAACUCGUGUCAGUUGCUAAUCCCAACAUCUAGCGAAGACUCGGUCCGUGGUCACAAAAAUGCUAGAGACAUCAGAAGAUCUAAAGAACACACACUAGACCAGCAAGCAAAGGGUACACAAGCCCGAGGAGGUACACCUACAAUCCCUGCAGCACGUUUGCGUGCUCACAACUGAACUACACGCCCAC